CAAACAUGCAGUUAAGUUUAAUAAACCCCGACGGCACGUCUCGGGCUUCGUUUCGUCGUUGCAAGAGUGGGAAAGUGCAGGAUUCCCAAAUUUGCGGAAUUGCAGAGAGCUUUUUCAGAAUCAAUGGCGGCGAACAAACUUAACCCAUAAAGCUCAGCCUCCUCCUCCCCUCCCGCCGCCAGCCUCCGCCCUCUCUCUCUCUCUCCCUCUCCCCUGAACUACAUUGGGAGGACCGAAUUCACACUUUUUUUCUCAAAUUUCUCAUCUCUUUACCGAUGGAGCAUUCACUAUACAACACCCACGUAAAACUCUUGGCCUUCGACCUCAACUCUCUCACCCAAACCUCCUCCUCCUCCUCGGACCCAAUCUCCUUCUCCCGCAACGGCGCUCUCCUCUCCCGCGCUGAGACCGUCGGCACCGUCACGUCUCGCGACCUCAAACCCAACAAGUUCCUCAGGUUCACCAUCGACGACGGCACCGGCUGCGUCAGCUGCAUUCUCUGGCUCAACCAGCUCUCCUCCCCCUACUUCUCCCGCCGCAGCCCGCCAGAUGUUCGACUUAUUGCCCAACACGCACUGCGCUUCGCCGCGGAGAUUAAGCUCGGCGUGGUGGCCAGAGUGCGCGGGAAGAUCACCAGCUACAGGGGCGUUACGCAGAUCACGGUGUCGGACGUCGUGAUCGAGAGAGACCCCAACGUGGAGAUGUUGCACUGGUUGGACUGCAUCAGGUUGGCGCGAAAAGUUUACAACAUCAUCCCUCAUUCAAAUAAAUAGAAUUUAAUUUGGUGGAAUUGCUUUUGGAUUUUUGUUUGUAUAUUUUUUUGAAUUGGUUUCAAUUGAUCUUGCACUUUGAUAUCAUUAAACCUAAACAAUUUUGGUUUCCUUCAUGCAACAUCUGUUUCAAAUUAG